UCAGAAGUACCAACAGUAUUUAAAUGAAUUAAAAUGCCCCCUCCCUUUAUAUAAGGCGAUAUUCUCUUAUAUACUUUAAUAAUGACAUUCAGAUUGAAUAUGAUAAUAUUCUUUCUUACUAUGCUCCCUCAGGAUCCAGAGAAGCGCACGCCGCUCCAUGCAGCGGCGUUCCUGGGCGAUGCCGAGAUCACCGAGCUCCUCAUCCUCUCUGGAGCACGGGUCAACGCCAAAGACAACAUGUGGCUCACCCCUCUCCAUCGCGCUGUGGCGUCCCGGAGCGAAGACGCCGUGCGCGUUCUGAUCCGUCACUCGGCCGACGUAAACGCUCGGGACAAGAACUGGCAGACGCCGCUGCACGUCGCCGCGGCCAACAACGCGCUGCGUUGCGCCGAGGUCAUCAUCCCGCUGCUGAGUAGUGUCAACGUGUCGGACCGCGGUGGACGCACCGCCCUGCACCACGCUGCCCUCAACGGCCACACUGAGAUGGUGAACCUCCUCCUCGCUAAAGGAGCCAACAUCAACGCCUUCGAUAAGAAAGACGGCCGGGCGCUGCACUGGGCAGCUUUCAUGG